AUGGCCAAUGACAGCGGCGGGCCCAGCGGGCCGAGCCCGAGCGAGCGAGACCGGCAGUACUGCGAGCUGUGCGGGAAGAUGGAGAACCUGCUGCGCUGUAGCCGCUGCCGCAGCUCCUUCUACUGCAGCAAGGAGCAUCAGCGCCAGGACUGGAAGAAGCACAAGCUCGUGUGCCAGGUCGGCGAGAACGUUCCUGCCCCCGGCACGGGCCAACCGCAGCAGCCGGGCCGCGCGCCGCCGCCCAGGGCCGCCGGAGCCAGGGAGGCCAGGAAGGCGUUGCCGCGCCGGGACCGAGCCGUCGAGGCCGCGGGCCCGCGGGCCUCCGGAGACGCGGCCAAGGCGAAGGCGAAGGCCAAGCCCACGGCCGACCCCGCGGCGGCCGCGUCCCCGCCCCGCGCGGCCCCCGGCGUCCAGGGUCGGGUAGCGGCGGCCGCCGAGGCGGAGUCCGCGAAGGAGGAGCUGCUGGCCCGCCCGUCGCUGUACCAGGAGAAGGCGAACCUGUACCCGCCGAGUAACGCGCCGGGCGAGGGGCUGAGCCACGGCGGCCUGCGGCCCAACGGGCAGACGAAGCCGAUGCCGGCACUGAAGCUGGCGCUGGAGUACAUCGUGCCCUGCAUGAACAAGCACGGCAUCUGCGUGGUGGACGACUUCCUGGGCAAGGAGACCGGCCAGCAGAUCGGCGACGAGGUGCGCGCCCUGCACGACACGGGCAAGUUCACGGACGGGCAGCUGGUCAGCCAGAAGAGCGACUCGUCCAAGGACAUCCGAGGCGAUAAGAUCACCUGGAUCGAGGGCAAGGAGCCCGGCUGCGAAACCAUCGGGCUGCUCAUGAACAACAUGGACGACCUGAUCCGCCACUGUAACGGGAAGCUGGGCAACUACAAAAUCAAUGGCCGGACGAAAGCCAUGGUUGCUUGCUAUCCUGGCAAUGGAACAGGUUACGUACGUCAUGUCGAUAAUCCAAAUGGAGAUGGAAGAUGUGUGACAUGUAUAUAUUAUCUUAAUAAAGACUGGGAUGCCAAGGUAAGUGGAGGUAUACUUCGAAUUUUUCCAGAAGGCAAAGCCCAGUUUGCUGACAUUGAACCCAAAUUUGAUAGACUGCUGUUUUUCUGGUCUGACCGUCGCAACCCUCAUGAAGUACAACCAGCAUAUGCUACAAGGUACGCAAUAACUGUUUGGUAUUUUGAUGCAGAUGAGAGAGCGCGAGCUAAAGUAAAAUAUCUAACAGGUGAAAAAGGUGUGAGGGUUGAACUCAAUAAACCUUCUGAUUCGAUCAGUAAAGACGUCUUAUAG